CGCUGCAAUCCACGCAGUCGACGCGACUCGCUCCCGGACACGGGCUACAAGCCGGCAGGCAGCAGCAGAGCCCGCGGCGCCAUCCGGAAAAGGCCCCGUGAAUCCCGCCGACGCGCGCGUUUCCAUUCCCAAUCCACCGCCACCGGUAACCGAGCCGUUCCGCUCUCGGCUCCUGCCCACUUUCCCCAACCCCCCACUCCAACACUAACGGCCCCCACUCUUCUCGUCUCCCCGACGACAUAAUCCUCCAAUCCAAGAACCAAUCCCCGAGUCACCAGACCGGGCGGGGCCGCCGCGACGCGACGCCAUGCUCUCAAUCCCCUCGCUCGCCAGGGCCCUCGUCGCGCUCCUCCGCGGCGUCCUCCUCCACCUCCGCGCGCCCGCCUCCGCCCACCACCGCCUCUUCUUCUGAUCCACCUACCUGCCCAUCCCAUGUCUGGAGCGGCCGCGCUGCGGAGAUCCGGCAGCAACAGCCUCUCCGCCCUGCUGCGCGCCGAGGACGACGACACCGGCGCCCUGGCCGCCACCAAGCGGCGUGACGGAGGGGGGCGCCGAGGGAGGAGGAGCUGCCUCCGCCUGCCCCUCGGCGGCGCCGGCGGCUGCCGCGUCUGCGCCUGCGACGAGGUCGACCCCGCCCCGCGCCGUCGCGCGCCAGCGGACGUGGACGGGGACGGCGAUGCGGAGGUGGCUGCUGACGGGGAGGACCAGCGUGUCCCCGCCGCGCUCCAGUGCUUCUCCUGGAAGAAGGGCCCCGCGGCCGCCGUGCGCAUCGGCCGGGCAUUGCGGGUCCAGGAUGAUGCGGUGGCGGAGGAUGCGGCGCCGUCCCUCACGGCGCUCCCGGACGACGUGCUGGAGAUGGUGCUGAGCCGCCUGCCGCUGGCCUCGCUCCUGGCCGCGCGCUGCGUGUGCCGGCGGUGGAGGGACCUCACCGUCGCGCCGCAGCUGCUGCGGCUGCGCCGCGAGGGGCCGCGCGCGGCCACGACGCCCUGGCUGUUCCUGUUCGGGGUCGAGGCGGACGGUGGCUGGGGCGCGUCGGCUGCCGCCACGGCCGUGCACGCGCUCGACGUGGCCGCGCGCCGGUGGCGCCGGGUCGGGGCGGCCCCGCUCAAAGGCAGGUUCUUGUUCUCCGUAGCCGGCGUCAGCGACGAGCUCUACGUUGUCGGCGGCCGCUCCGGGGGGUCGAGCGCUGGCUCCGUCAAGACCAAGACCCACAAGGGAGUCAUGGUGUUCAGCCCUCUCACCGGCGCGUGGCGGAAGACCUCCCCGAUGCGGGCGGCGCGGUCACGGCCGGUGCUGGGGGUGUUCGAGAUGUCUGCCAGUCGCAGCAUUGGCCACGCCCGCGCUGAGAAGCAUGUCCGGCGCGCCAACGCCGGUGGCAAGUUCCGGCUGGGAGGCACCUCCGCCGUGUACGAGGACCCGCACCGGCUCUCGCUCCGGCGGCUCCGUCUCAGGGAUGUACUGAACGAGGACACCGAUUCCACUGUCCCAGCUCAUGGUCACGGCAAGGCUGCCAAGCAACAGAAGCAGCCAGCUCAGGCAAGGCAAGCCCUGAUCGCUGUGGGUGGCCGAGGGCCAUGGGACGAGCCCCUGGUGUCCGGCGAAAUAUACGAUCCGGUGACCGACAAAUGGGCCGAGAUCGCCGGGUUCCCCACCGACGUCGGCCUGGCGUGCUCCGGCGCCGUCUGCGGCGACACGUUCUAUGUCUACUGCGAGUCCGACACACUUGUCGCCUACCAUCUCGACGCCGGCUCAUGGUCCGUCGUCCAGACGUCCCGCCCACCGCCGCGGCUCCGGGACUACACGCCGGCGCUGGUCUGCUGCGCGUCCCGGCUGUUCAUGCUCUGCGUCUCAUGGUGCGACCCGGCGAACCGGAGGGACAAGGUGGUGCGCAAGGUGUUCGAGCUGAACCUCGGCUCGACACCGCUGCUCCAGUGGAUCGAGGCGUCGGCGCACCCGGACGCGCCCAUGGAUUCCAACGCGGUGUUCGCCGCCGGCCAGGACAGGAUCUACUCCGUGGAGAUGUUCAGGAUCUUCGGCAAGGUCCUCGAUUUUGCCACGGCUUGCCGUGUCUCCGGCGGCGAGCAGAGCUGGAGCCGCAUCGGCCGGGAGAACGCGGCCGCGGAGGCCGACGCCAUGUCCUGCCGGCUGAAAUCCAUGGCCAUGCUGCUCCUCUGAAGAUCGCCGCUGUCUACUCUGUUUUCCUUUUCCACUUACACUGAUGAUGAUUUGUUUUUUUCUUCCACGAGCUGAUUGAUGUGCAGCUCGGUACAGCCAUUCCAUUGCAUUGCCAGAUUUGCCUGCAGCAAUUGCUGUGAUUGUUGAUGCUGAGUUUGUUCAACAUGUUUUAUAAAAGAUGAUUAUACAAUCUUAUUAUGAUAUGA